AUGAACGAGUACUACGAGUUAGAAGAUCGUAAAAUGAAAGGUACACUUCGUGACUGGCGUAAGGCGCUGCGCACCCCGGCCACGUACAGGGUCGGUAACGCUGUGAGGAUACAGCCACAAUUUGUAUUAUUAAUUGGUUUGAUAGGAGCAUUCCUUGUGGUGUUGUUUUAUUACAAUUGGUGGACAAGCAGCCAGCCAGCAGCAGUUCAUAAAUGGGCCAGUUCAGUGAGACCAUACAAUUUAACAUACCCUCUUACCUCACCGUUAUACAACGGAGAUUUAGUUACAUUCAGAAUUGGGAUAGUGACAGACUUAGAUACCAAUUCCAAGAGCAAUACACAAAAGCACACAUACAUUAGUUACUUAAAGAAAGGAUAUUUGAAUUACAAUCGUGUAAAGAAGUCUGUGCAAGUGACAUGGGACAGUCGAGAGCCAACACAACUGAGCUCUACGUACUCUCACAAGGGAAGAGGCAUGGAGCUCUCAGAAUUGAUAGUGUAUGAUGGAAGAUUGCUAACUUUUGAUGAUCGAUCCGGAAUGGUGUUUGAAAUAGUUGAUAACAAAGUAUUGCCAUGGGUGAUAUUAACAGACGGCAAUGGUCGUGUUGAAAAAGGAUUUAAGUCGGAAUGGGCGACUAUUAAGGAUGAUAUUCUUUAUGUGGGAUCAAUGGGCAAGGAAUGGACAACAGCCAGCGGGGAGUUCCAAAGUUAUGACCCCAUGUGGGUCAAAGCUGUCAACAUUCAUGGAGAAAUCCAGCAUUUAAGUUGGGUGAAUCAGUACAAAGCUGUGCGCAGUUCCAUUGGUAUCAAUUGGCCGGGUUAUAUGAUCCAUGAGUCAGGAGUAUGGUCCCCCUUCAAGCAGUUGUGGCACUUCUUACCAAGAAGAUGCAGCCAUGAACCAUACAAUGAGACCAAGGAUGAAGUUAUGGGUUGCAAUUACUUAAUAACUGCUGAUGAAAAUUUUAAACACGUCCAUGCUCUUGAGAUAACAAAGCACCAACCAAAGCAUGGUUUCUCAUCGUUCAAGUUCAUACCGGGAACUAAGGAUGAGGCCAUAGUAGCUUUGAAGACUACAGAGUUUGAGGGCAAGACCGCCACAUACAUAACUGCAUUUACUACUGACGGCACAGUGUUACUACACGACACACUUGUGGAAAACCUCAAGUAUGAAGGACUAGAGUUUAUAUGA